ACUAUUGGGCUUACAAAUUAUAGGGGCCUUGUUCGACUCCUCUGAAUCCGCCCAUUUAACUCACUGAGACAGAGACGGUUUAUUUUUGGCGGCGGAGAAGUCAGUCGAUCGGUAAACGUAAAACACCUACACCUGUUUGUAAGCGAUGGAACUAGACUUCAAGUGUUCGGAUGUCGGAGCUUGGAAGGAGGCCUUGUCUUCCUACGAGUCACGAAUCGAGUCUCUGAACAAACCAGACCUCGUCUCUCUCGAUCAAUUCUACCGCGUUAAACUCCCUUGUCUUCUUCACGACCGAGACCCUAACCCUUACCUCACCACCUCCGAGCUUUCUCAACUCAUGAAAUGGAAGCUCUCCCGCGGAAAAUGGCGGCCGCGUCUGCUGGAUUUCGUGUCUUCUCUGGACGAUUCGGUGGUGAAAUCUGCCUCUGAAAAGGCUUUCAAAUCGCUCCCCGACAUAUCAAAGGCCGUGAAAGAGCUCACCGUGCUUAAGGGCGUGGGUCCGGCCACCGCCUCCGCCGUUCUGGCUGCUUACGCCCCCGACAUUGCUCCGUUUAUGUCCGACGAGGCGAUGGAGGUGGCUCUUGGGAACUCAAAGGAUUACUCUUUGAAGCAAUACUUGUUGUUUGUCACUAAGCUACAGGAUAAAUCAAAGGAAUUAAAGUUGAAAGGAGAGUGGGAUGGGCCUUCAGACAUUGAGAGAGCUCUCUGGAGCUGUACUGUGCGUUCCAAGUCACAGCCAGAAGAGAAGAGCUCUUCGGGGAAGAAAAGAAAACGUUAAGGAGUCACUCUAGAGACAGUUUGGAACAGGAGGGCAAAUAGACAAGUUCUCUAUAAACAACAUCUUUGUAAGAUAUGUGUAGCUUUUAUAUGCUUUUCCUUAACUAAGACUGUAUCAUGGAUUUAUCACAUGUUUUAAUCGUCAGCAAGUGUUGGUAUGUCAUAUCCAAAUUCUGACUGUUUUGGCCAAA